UCCAUCGGGACCACUGGGCAUUAUUGGGCUGUGAUGUCAUGUUAUGUACAAAGACCACAGGAACUUCAGCCACUAUGCUCCAUCUCCACUGUGAUACUAAUCUGAAAGAUGAAGUCUGAGCUCAUUUUCGUGCCUGUCCCUGGGCCUACUCACCUGGUGUCCACCAUUGAAUUCGCAAAGCUUCUCCUAGAUCGCGAUGACCAAAUAUGCAUAACCAUCCUCUUAAUGAAGGUCUCCCUUGAGGAUAUCAGCACAUCACUCACCGACUCAAAUCCUCGCAUCCAACUCGUUAGGCUUCCUCAACUAGAACCUCCUCCAGCAGAUCUUUUGAGAAAGUCCUUUGAAGCCUAUUUUACGACCUUUGUAGAGAGUCACGUAGAACUUGUCCGGACCAUCGUCUCAGAGAUUGUUUCUUCCCGAUCUGAGUCCGACUCUGUCCGAGUCGUUGGGUUGGUGGUCGAUUUCUUCUGUGUGUCAAUGAUCGAUGUCGCCAAAGAACUGGAUCUUCCUUCUUAUAUUUUCUUGACCACAAAUGCGGGAUUCUUGAGUCUCAUGCUGUAUUUACCAACUCGUCACAGCGAGAACAGCUCCGAGUUUCAUGACUCGGAUCCGGAGUUACUGAUCUCCGGGUUUGUCAACCCGGUUCCCCCGCGAGUUCUACUUGAAGCUGUGCACAACAAGGACGGUGGUUAUGCUGCUUUCGUUAAGCUUGCUCAGAAGUUCAAGGAAGCCAAGGGUAUAAUAGUAAAUACAUUUACCGAGCUCGAGCCAACUAUGCUCAACUCAUUUUCCGCUAGUGGAACCGGAACCCCAUCUGUCUACCCGGUCGGACCGAUUGUUCAAACCAAGGGAAUUCCUAACUCUGAUUUGGAUCGGGUUCAGUGUGAGAAGAUGAUGAAAUGGCUCGAUGGUCAGCCUGAUUCUUCGGUAGUGUUCCUCUGUUUUGGUAGUAUAGGUGGGUUUGGUGCACCCCAAGUGAAGGAAUUGGCGCUUGGGCUUGAGAAUAGUGGGCUCAGAUUUUUAUGGUCCUUGAGAUUGCCUAGGCCCCUUAAUGAAGAGCCAGGGUCAGGUCCUUACACCAAGCCGGAGGAGAUGUUGCCGGAUGGAUUCUUGGACCGGAUCGAAGGAAAAGGAUUGAUAUUAUCCGGUUGGGUUCCGCAGAUGGCGGUCCUGAGCCACAAGGCAGUGGGUGGUUUCGUGUCCCAUUGUGGGUGGAACUCAAUUUCGGAGAGCUUGUGGUGUGGUGUACCUAUAGCCACGUGGCCUCUAUAUGCAGAGCAAAAGCUUAAUGCGUUUAUAAUGGUGAAAGAGUUGGGAUUAGCAGUGGAGUUGAGGGGAAAUCGUGAUCUGGUGAUGGCAGAUGAGGUUGAGAGAGCCGUCAGAUGCUUGAUGGAUGGUGAUAACGAGGUGAGGGAAAAGGUGAGGAGAAUGAGUGAGAUGGCCAAGAAUGCUGUGAUGGAGGGUGGAUCAUCCUUCAAUUCACUAGGACUACUAAUUAAGGACAUGACAAGCUGCGUUUAACAACACUAGGGUAUGAAUUCAAUUGCUUCUGUAAUAUUUGUAUGUGCUUCCCUUUUAUUUAUGUGAGAGAAUUUGUAUGUGUGCUUUUAGUCACAAAUCUCCAAUAUUAUAGCAUCCUGAUCUGAAUC